AUGAAUCCAGCAGUCACUAAUCUUGUUUUGAUGCUUGUUACUAUGCAGGUGUCCAGAAAGCUCAACUUUGAGGACCCUACUGUGCUUUUCUACGUGAGAGCCGCCUUCAUUACUGGUACUCUUCUCACUUUGGCCAUAUACUGUUAUACUCGAUACCUUAUUACGUCGAAGAAUGAUCUCACUACUUUGAAGUAUGUUGAGCCACCAAACACUAUGGCUGGAGAGACCGAGUCCAAGUUGGUCGUCACGACCGUUAAGGACUAUGAUUUGGCUCAGCUUCAGAGUGCUAUCAAGGGUGUCUUUACUAGUAUUGCAAUGACUGGUUUCAUGCAUCUUUACAUGAAGUUUGCUAAUCCUUUAGUCAUGCAAUCUAUCAGUCCUGUCAAGGGCGCCUUGGAGAAUAAGGAAGUUCAGAUUCAUAUUUUCCACAAAGCUGCUUCUGGUGACUUGAAGAGACCUUUCAAGGCUGCUCCUGGUUUGUUCAGUGGUAUGACUGGUCAGAACAGUGUUAAAACUGACAAGGCUUCUAUUGAGAAGGCUGAGACUAGUGGCGUGGGAGGCGUUAAGGAGGAGUGA